CAGAACAAGAACCGAGAGCAAAGAAAUCAAUUGGUUUAAACUAGUUCGUGAAAGAGAUAUUGGAUAUUGUAAGCCGCGUUGUUUGAGAUUGGGUCGCUGAUCAAGAUGCUAGCUUGCUACCAAUGUAGAGUUUUUUCUGCACGAUCAUUUGCAGGAAGUAUCAUACCAAUUUGUCGCACUAUUACUCAAGAUCAUGCUCUAAAAUCUGCAAAACUUGGAACUGGUAAUGUGAUUACUAAAACCACAAUUAGAAUCAUAUAGUUUAUCUUAUAUUUUAUGUAUUGCAGGCCUUAUUAAGGUCAGCUACAAUUUUCAUUUCUUAAUCCUGACAUUAUAAGCAUUGUUAUUACAUGGUGCAACCGUAUUAUAAUUGAGUAGUAAAGUAUUACUGCACAGGAAUAGGGAUACAUCUAAUGGUAAUAUAUAUGAAGAAGAAAUUUAGGUUACUUGGGGAUUGACUCAUCCUUAUAAAUUUCACGAAAUAACGAGCUGCUUGCUAGAAAACAUGUAGUUAAACUGUGUGUGCAUAUAUUAAUAAAUUAUGUAGUGCAACCAAUCCCCAAUCUCUCAAUUUUAUGAAAAUUCCGGCAGAUUUCGUAGGAGUCUCAAGAAAAUUCUGGGUUCUAAAUGAAGGUUUUGGAAAUUGACCCGAUUUCUGUGGAAACUUUGAGGUUAUUAUUUGCAUUUCCUCAAAAUUCAGGGUUUAUCGUUGGAGCUUCCCAACAUUCAAUGGAAUUUUUCCUAAAGUUGGGAAAUUAGAUCCUUCAGCAUAUUUUUGAUUGAAACGUCUACGAAAUUCAAAAAUUGUCUUGGCUUGCUAAUUCUCCUUCCUUAUGACCUAUUUUUUGAUGUUUUACUUCGGUGGAAGUGAUAAACGGCUUUUUGAUACAAAUAGCAAACUGUUAAUCUUUAGUCAAUCGAAUAAUUACAAUUAAUUUUUAUUGACAAGAAUCAUUUAAUGUCUAUGAACACCACCCUGUCAAAUUUAUUUCACUAAGCUACUCUAUGCUGCUUUAUUACCAUCGAACGUCUUGUUAGCGAAGACAUGAAUACACUGUAUUUGGUUUCUAAGGGAAGCCUACAUAUUUUAGAACGACAGAGUAAGUAGUGGUGUGAUGGAGCGCAAGUUUCCUACUGACGUCAUACAAACUAAAUGGCCUUAUUUUAUCAGUGCACGUUGUUGGUUAGAGUAAGUCGCAAAAAUAUCAUGUUCAGUUAUAGCAUUAUAUAUAUAUAUAUCUGUUUAUGGGUCUAGACUUGGAUUUUAAUAUUCAGAUGUUAUCGUUAUUCUUGAUAAAAACACUACUGAACAUUCGCAGUCGCUUUUCGUUUUUGAGUUCCUGAGGUAGUUGGACACAAUAUUACUGAAUUUCGGUCCAUCACUGUAGUGAUCGUUUUCCAUAUUGGUCAUAUAAAGUCGGUAAAAUACAUUUCAAAUAAUAGGUUGCAUGGUUGUCCGUCAAGUUAAAUGAAAAACGGUAUUUUGAUAACCUAUUUCUCGUUUACAACCAUAAUGUUGAUUGCUUCAUACCUUUUCACUACCGUCCUGCACCAAACAUUUGCCCUCUCAAAAUCAUUUACCUAUUUGUACCUUUAUUAUACAGCUCCAGCUGUUCAAAGAACUGGCCUGUUACCAUCUUAUCACUGGACAUUUGAACGUGUUCUAGCUGUUGUGGUGACAGCUGUAUCUAUGCAUUCGUACUGGGGAUUUGACGGUGUAAUAAAAGACUAUGCAUUUGAACGUCGUUAUGGUCCUGCAUUGAUGCCUAUAUUGCGAACAUUGUGGAAAUUAAUGGCUGGUUGCGGUUUUGCUGGCCUUUUAUAUUUCAACUUUAAUGAUGUAGGAUUUAUUUCAGCCGUAAAGAAAUUAUGGGCUUUAUGAAAAUAUUUUUAGUACUAUUACUUUUACUUUUCAUUCUGAUAUUUUCGGGACUUAUAUUAUUUGGUUUAUGAGCUGAAGUCAUUAAUUACUUUUGUGAAUUGUCAUGUUAUCCUUUGGUACCUAAAUUUAUAGUGAAACUAACUAUCAAUAAAUGUGUUUAGUCGAAUG